GUUUCCCUUCGCCCGCCUUCUUUUUUCUUUUUCUACAAAGUAGCUCACUUCCUUUCCUCUUAUCUUCGUGCCUCAUAUAUCGUCUAAUGUCUUUGGGUUUGCUUUUCUCUACUUAACUUGUCCACUGCUGGGGCUCGGUGAAUUUUAGCCACAGUAUGGCUUUUACAUCUGCCAUACACACCGGGAGGCAUUCCCCCACAAUCAGCCCUCAUGGACUAGGCGAAGAGCGUAAAGAAGCCGCCAUGGACCGCUCUGAGAAGGAUGCUGUCGUUCGUGACAGUGAAGAAGUACUCGAAGAUGAUUCCAAGAAGCUUGCCUACGAUCAUACGCACCGCAAGCUGAAGCCCAGACAUAUCCAGCUCAUUGGUAUCGGUGGCACAGUCGGGACCGUGUUGUACGUCCAGAUUGGCAAGGCACUGUUAGAAGGUGGCCCUGCUAGUCUCUUCAUUGCAUUUAUUAUCUGGUUAGUCCUACUCCUACCGCGUUCUUCCAUUGUCUUUUGUUGUUCCCUCACGGUGCUGCACUUCUCAUCUUGUGAGCUGUCUCGAAGGGUCUCGUUCAUAGGCCUGGCUGAGAUGGUCACAUAUUUGCCCAUCUCCUCGCCCUUUAUCCGCUUUGCAACUCGAUAUGUUGACGAGGCCUUUGGCGUUGCUGCCGGUUACAACUUCUUCAUCUUUCAAGCCGCGAUGGUGCCAUUUGAAGUUACAGCGUGUAACUUGAUCAUCACUUACUGGAGCGAUGCAGUCCCUGUCGCUGCGAUUAUUGUAAUUGUGCUUGUGCUCUUCGCGCUACUCAACAUCUUUGCAGUGAAGUGGUAUGGCGAAGCCGAAUUCUGGCUUUCCCUGAGCAAGGUCUUGCUUAGUGUGGGCCUGAUCUUCUUCACAUUUAUUGUGAUGCUCGGAGGCAACCCUCUUGGCGAUCGCUUUGGAUUCCGCUACUGGAAGAACCCCGGGGCUUUUGCCGAAUACUACAAGACUGGAGAUCUAGGCCGAUGGCUCGGGUUCCUUGCUUGCCUCAUCCAAGCCAGUUUCACGAUUGCCGGUCCAGACUACGUCUCUAUGGCUGCCGGCGAAGCAGUCAACCCCCGCAAAAUCUUGCCCAAAGCGUACAAUGGCAUCUUCUAUCGACUCACCACCUUUUUUGUUCUUGGUGUGCUUUGCAUCGGUAUCUUGGUUCCCUACAAUGAUCCCGACCUGGCUGCUGCAUAUGAGCAAGACCUGCCUGGUGCAGCUGCAUCACCGUAUGUUGUCGCCAUGGACCGGCUGAAAAUCCCCAUCCUGCCACACAUCGUCAAUGCCAUGGUCCUCCUCGCUGCUUUCAGUGCCGGGAACAGUUAUGUCUACUGCGCCAGCAGAAGUCUGUACGGCCUUGCUCUGGAUGGCAAGGCUCCGCGCCUUCUCACGAAAUGUACAAAAUCCGGUGUGCCGAUAUACUGCGUCUUGAUAGUGUUCGUGUUUGCGCUGUUGUCCUUCCUUCAGGUCUCUAACGGUUCAGCUGUCGUGCUGAAUUGGUUUGUUAAUCUUGUCACUGCAUCCCAAUUGAUCAACUUUACCGUUAUUACCUUCACCUACACCCGGUUUAGAAAAGCUCUCAUGGCACAGGGUGUCCCUCGCGCAUCCCUCCCCUAUCAGAGCCGAGGCCAGCCCUAUGUCGCGUACAUUGCCCUGGUCUCGACUUUCGUCAUGACCUUCGUGGGCGGCUACACGGUCUUUCUACCCGGCAACUGGGACAUUCCGACUUUCUUCUUCUCGUAUACUAUGAUUGGGGUGUUCCCUGUUAUCUACGUGGGAUGGAAACUCUGGCAUCGUACAAAGUUCUUGAGUCCUAAGGAAGUUGAUAUCGUCACUGGAGUAGAAGAAGUGGAAGUUUAUACCAGGAAUUAUGUUGAGGAACCAUCGAGUAACGCUUUCACGAGAUUCAACGAUAUGGUCUUUGGUUAG